AUGACUGGCAAUCCUCAGCACGUGCUGCGGGCCAAGCUGGAGGUCUCGGAGGAGCGGGCGGGUGCCUUCCAGGACGCGUGCGCGUCCUUCCAGCUGGCGAAGCUCCUCAUGAGGGUUGCGCAGAUCGCGAUCCUGGCCGUGCUCCCUCCCAAGGGCAUCGUAUACCUGGCCUACGCCGUCAUGUUCGUCGCCGUUCUGGUGCCGUACUCUCUGGGGGGCAUCGCGAUCGGUUUGUUUGAGGGCACCUUUCUGAGCGUCAUCAGCCCGCUGGGAAAGAAUACCAAGACCUUCGUUAUCAUGGGCGCGCCCCUGGGGUUCGCCGCCCACAACAUCCCCCUCGGGCUGCUCCAGCAGUGGGGAAUGCCUCUUCUGGUGUACUACCUGUACACGCUGUUCUGUCUGCCACUGGGCUUGUUGGUUUUUCACUGGUACGCCCCCGUGGUGCGCGCGGGCACCAGUGAGGGGAAGGGACUGCACACUUUUCUGAGGUCGCUGGCGAGCCCCGCGGCUUGGGUGCCCGCAGCGUUGCCCUGGUUCAUUGCCAAGCUAUGCGGCAACUUCGUUCUGGAGGACGCAUUUCCGCUCCUCUUCAACAUUUAUAACACCAGUAGGGUGCCGCUCCUGGAUCCUGCCAGCACAACCUUUACGGUGCCGACCGGCUACUAUCUGUCUUUGUUUUGGUUCGUGAUGGUAGCGCUCGGUGACACCAUCAGCCGCCGAGUCCCCAACUACAUCUCUUUGAGGAGCGGGAGGGCCCGUGCGGCCUGCAUCGCGGGAGCGCUCGUGAUGUGCGUGGUUGGAGAGGCCCUGAAUUUUCUCUUGCAGGCCAUCGUGACUGGCCUUGCAGCGCUCGUCGCAAAUUUUGGUAACGGGUUUAUAUAUGGCCUCUCGGCAAAGUUCAUUGAUACCUUCAUUCCGGCCGAGCACCGCUAUGCCGCCUACAAUCUGUGGUGCCUUUUCGGCGAUGUCGGGGGGUACAUUGGCCAGAGCAGCAUGUCGGUCCGCAUCGCCAGGAGAGCGUGCCACGGCCAGCAUUACACAUACGUCUGCCACGAGAGCACCGCCCGGGGCAUGCAGGCAG